UGGGGGCAGUGUUGAACUGCGUCUGGUUUAAACCUAUGCUUCAAAUCUUGUGAAGAGAACGUAGAAGAAGAGUGCGGCUCGCCAUGGCGGAAACAGAGCAGCAGUCAGCAUCUUCUCCUGAAGAUGAGGCGCCUGACGCCGCGACGGCCUACAUCAUCCCCAAGAAGGAAAUCAGCAUGGUGCCCGACAUGGGGAAGUGGAAACGCUCUCAGGCCUACGCUGACUACAUAGGCUUCAUCCUGACCCUGAACGAAGGAGUGAAAGGGAAGAAGCUGACCUGUGAAUACGAAGUCUCUGAGACGGUGGAGAAGCUGCUGGGCCUUCUGGGAACUCUGGACCAGUGGAUAAACGAAACUCCUCCGGUCGACCAGCCGUCCCGCUUCGGCAACAAGGCGUACAGAACCUGGUUCUCCAAGCUGGAGCAGGAAGCCGAGGCCUUGGUGGCCGGCGUGCUGCCUGCAGAGAAAGCCGCCGCCGCUCCGGAGAUCGCCGUCUACCUGAAGGAAGCUGUCGGGAAUCCGACCCGAAUCGACUACGGGACAGGUCAUGAAGCGGCUUUCGCUGCGUUUCUUUGCUGCCUCUGUAAGGUCGGCGCCCUGAGUAUCUCUGACCAGCUGGCCAUCGUCUUCAAGGUGUUCAACAGGUACCUGCAGGUGAUGCGGAAGCUGCAGCGGACCUACAGGAUGGAGCCGGCCGGCAGCCAGGGCGUCUGGGGACUGGACGACUUCCAGUUCCUGCCCUUCAUCUGGGGCAGCUCCCAGUUCAUAGAUCAUCCGACUCUGGAGCCGCGGCAUUUCAUCGAUGAGAGAGUGGUGAACGAGCAGCACCAGGACUACAUUUUCCUGGACUGCAUCCGGUUCAUUAACGAGAUGAAGACGGGUCCGUUUGCUGAGCACUCCAACCAGCUAUGGAACAUCAGCGCCGUCCCGUCCUGGUCCAAAGUCAACCAGGGCCUGAUCAGGAUGUACAAGCAGAGACAGACUGAGCAUUCAGGCUCCCCGCCCCCACAGGCCCACAACCCCCCCACAGGCCCACAACCCCCCCCACAAACCCCCCCACAGGCCCACAACCCCCCCACAACCCCCCCCCCCAAACCCCUCCCCACAGACCCCCUUCACAAACCCCCCCACAGACCCCCCCACACACCCACAGGCCCCCCACAGACCCUCCCCACCCAGCCUCCAGACCCCCACUGCUGCGCCCCACUCUGGUUGUGUUUACCCAGAAUACACUGGGCUGUAGUCCACUUCCUGCUUUUGGAGAAGUCUCUAUUCUGCUUUUCUUCUCCUUUAGCCUGUUCUUCAUUAGCCUUCUUUUCAUUAGCCUGCUCUUCGUUAGCUUGUUUUCCUUUAGCAGCGGUUUUAGCUCCUGUUGCUAAUCCGUCUCGCUCUCUGUCGUGUUUUCAGUGUUUGGAGAAGUUCCCAGUGAUCCAGCAUUUUAAGUUCGGCAGCCUGCUCUCCAUCCAGCCAGCGAAGCCUUGACGCUCCACGGAGGAAGGAUUCCCAACGUUCCCCCAGCGUUCCCAGCGUUCCCAGUUCCAACAGUAGCGAAUGCUAGCUGAGUAGCCCGACACAUGCAUUCCCUCACUGGCAUGCUGCCGAGAAGGUUUGGACACAUCCUCAACUUUCCUGCUCAGCAUGUCGCUGAUGACCUCUGAACUCUGGAGCAUCUGUGGAUUUUUGUCUUAUUUAUAUAAAAGUCUCAGAUAUUAUUUUUACGGUUGUCAGACGUGUGAUCAUAAGUGCUGCAGUAUUCUGAUCCAGCUUCCUUCUGCCGGGUCACUGCCAUCAGUGACACUGUUGGAUUUUUGUUUUGCUUUUAAGGCCAAAGGUCAAAUUUUUCUCACAUCAUCGUCCAUUCGCUCAGAGCCGACUGUAGACCGCGAGAACAUCCCUCUACAUCAGACAGAAACUUCUAGAUUCAGGAAGUGUAGAUGGAAAGUCUGUGCAUGGAAAAAACUCUUUCAGUUUGCCAACGCUAGCCUCAUCAAGCCCCAGAAAUUAAAUAGAAAACAAAUAUCAGCUCCGUUCUGAUGGAUAUUGUCAUUAAAAGAAUAAAAUGAAUAUUAUGGUUA